GUUGAUUGGGUUAACCGACGCCUGCGUCGUUUACCCCAAAGGUCGGUCGUCGUAUUUACGUACGACGUGCUUUCGGAGAUAUCAGUUGGUGAUAUUUGUUGUAUCGAUUACCGUCACCACAACAAUCGCGAAUAUAAUUUUCAGGCAUGUUUACCGAGCUUGCAGAUUAAUUUACCGUGUACUUUGAACAUCUCGAUGAGCUGUUAGCUUAAUUCCGGCGCGAGUAACGGAUCCAUAUGUGAUCCUUGGUUUGGUCCAAGUCGCUAUAAGUGAAUUGUAGGUAUAUUUCAUCAUGUUGAACGUUUAGUAAAUCAUGUCUUUUGACAUGGAUCUCGAAUCUGUUUUAAAAGCUACGGUGCUCGAAGCUUUGCUAGAAAAAGCAACAUGUGCUCAGAACAAACAUCCGAAUUUAGACGCGAUCGGUGCUUUCAGCAGGAUUAUCAUACAAGAACCUGAAACGGUGGCAACUGCUGUGAAAAUGAUCUUGUUCAAAAUGCAAUCCAGCGUAGAAUGGGAAGCUUUUCAAGCUAUAAUUUUACUGGAAUCGUGUAUGGAGAAUGGCAGCGCGUUAUUUUUAGGAGAAGUUGGCAAGUUUCGAUUCCUAAACGAACUGAUAAAAUUAGUUUCGCCUAAAUACUUAGGUAAUUCGACUCCGACGCUGAUUAAGAAUAAAAUUAUCGAUUUACUAAAGCUGUGGUGCGUUAAAUACCCGAACGAGACUAAGAUUAAAGAAGCGUUCGAGAUGUUGAAAAAGCAAGGUGUUUUAGUGAAAACGUCGACUGAAUUAGAAAACGGUCUGUUUUCGUCACCUGCUGCUUUGAUGAGUUACCCUCGAGCAGAAGCUUUCGAAGACGACGAGAAAUCCAAAACAUUACAAAAGCUGUUAAGAAGUAAUAAACCGAACGAUUUGAAGGCAGCCAAUCAUUUAAUUAAGACUAUGGUUAAAGAGAAAGAAGAUAAAGAAGAUAUGAGAUUAAUCGCCAAUAAUGCUAAACUUUUAUCCGAAAUGUUGAAUAAUAUCACCGCAGAUUCGUCCUCUCAGGAUAUCGAACUGAUAAAAGAACUGAAAGAAACUUGCACUAAUAUGAAACCUACGUUAUCCUAUUUGAUUUCUUGCUACAGUAAAACAACCAGAGAUUCGGUCGAAUUGAUCGAGUUGAAUGAUUUAAUGAACGAUACUUUGCAAUUAUACAACGAUAAAAUGAGUCUGUUAAAUAAACCAUCGAGCAGUAACACUCCUUGCAAAAUUCAGACUUCAAGUAGUCCACCAACCUUGUUAGAUUUUAGUUCGCCGAUUGAAAACAAUGCCCAGGCUAUUUCACCUUCUCCUUCAAGAGCACCUGAGACCCAAAUGUUAGAAAAAGACGCAUCUAAGAGCACCGCAGAUACGCUGGAGGAAAUAUUCAACCAGACUGUUUGGGCAAUGGAUAAUUUUUCAAUUAAAAAGCCAGAUGUUGUAGAAGAAUCUCGUGAAAGCGGUGUUUCAAAUCCGACUAAAUUAUUCCAAGAUCUGAACGCUCUAGGAAAAUCAUAUCUGGAAACGAAUUCUUCGUCUAUGAAUUCUGAUAAAUUGAACGAAAAAAUCGAAUCAAUGAAUAUUUCAUGUGGGGAAACGUUGGUGAAUGGUAAAAUUAACGACGUCGUUGAUGAUUCGUUCAGCAACGAUGAUAAAUUAUUAACCGACGAGGAUUUGGCUGUUGACCCUAAUUGCAAUUCGAACGAUACCGCUUCGAUUGACUGGAAUGUAUCAAUUAAAGACGACGUAUCGCCCCUGGAACCAAAACCUACCCCUAGUGUUAAUCAUAUCGUUACUGUGGAACCUCUGCAAGACGUUUCGGUGCCUCUGGUUGAGAUUAAAAUUGGGAGCAAUGAAAAACAAACAGUGAUGUUGGAUCGAGAUGGCAUCAACGUUUAUAUUCAGUUAACUGACAAUAAACCGAGAGAAGACGUAUCUGUGUUUUUAGUCAUGUGCAAUAGUCAACGUACCGAAUCUAUUUCCAAUUUUUUAUUCCAACCUGUCAUUUCAAAGGAUUGCAGAUUGAAAUUACAACCACCUACUAAAUGCGAACUUCCUCCCUAUAAUCCAUACCUUCCUGCUGAAACUAUCGUACAAAUAAUGUUGAUAGCAGCUCCGAAUAAAGAUUUCAUUCCACUCAAAUUCGUAGUCAGUUAUAACUUAAAAGAUGAAAUGAUAACUGAAAUGGGUGAAGUGGAAGUGUUACCUUUGAAGCAGUCGUAUCUGUAAAAUUAUCCAUCAUUCCAGUGGAGCUUAUCUCUUGAAUAAAAUAUCGAGUAAAUGUAAUAUACUUACCUAGUACCUAUUUAUAUUUCAACUCGUGCAGAGUUUCACUUUCAUCAAAAUGUGUCUAGUCAGCUCAAUUCCAUUGAUUUUCUCCAAUUUACCUAGUCAUCUUCUUCAUCCCAAUCUUACAUUAUGAAUAUUUUGUUACCUUCUUUAUUUUUUAUGUAAGUUCAUUCCAUUUCAAAGGUCGAUGAAUUCUGUUGUUGGACUGCAUCUCCAUCUAUACUUAUAAUGGCAUUUUUAUUAUUUUGAAUAAUACCUACUACGCGUUUAUAUCGUACCUAAGUUUGUAAUAAUGCUUUUCAUCGGCUUCAAAUGUUUUUCUUUUUCGUCAUUUCGUCACUGAUCUGUGCAUCAUCAUCCAAAUCAAGGUAGGCCUAGAUAUUUAAACUUGUCUUAAUGAAAUUGUGAUGAUUUUUGUACGUUUCUUUCAGUAAAUUGUAUGUUUGAA